CUCAGCUUCAGCUCUUAUAGUCUCCGGCACAUUUCAAUAGGUUUACGUUGGAAAAGGUUAUUCUAAGAAGAGACAUCUGGGUGAUUUAGGCAGACCGGGAGAUCAACAGUUAUAGGCUACGACACAUUCCAUAUUUCAGCAUGACGGUGCGCUUGCUCGAUUCAGCAUUUAGGGCAUCGAGGUCUACGAUGUAUGAAUUCGUUGCAAAAAGAUGUUGAGUACCGUUCGAAGGAACAGACCGGCGGGAGGCUGUCAAUGCAGCGUGGGACGCUGUAACGGGCUCAGGAUGUCCCGUGUUCGACUGCUUCUCAUCUGUUUAUGCGGGAUGCUGGCCAUGGCUCUGGCCCUUGGGGUUUCCCUCUCAUCGUUUGAACAGAACGACGAUGAUCUUAUUCAUGGUGACGACAGUAUACAUUUUCGUGAGCCAGACCUUUUAAGGGACAAGUUGAGUCAUAAACCCAGUAGACCCACCAUCGCCCAAGUCAAGCGGCUGGUGGCUCUAGUGAAAGGAGGUCGGCUGUGGUACUUUCAUCUGAGACCCAUGUUGGUUGAGAGAUUGCCUGGCACCAAAGGCAGCCGUAUGGUGCGAGAGCACAUCUAUUCCCACCUGGAGUCACUCUCAGCCGGUUGGUCAUUGGAGAUUGACACUUUCAACUCCCCCACCCCGAAGGGACCAAUCAACUUCUCCAACGUGCUGGCAGUUCUGGACCCCUCAGCCCCUCGCCGCCUGCUGCUGGCCUGCCACUACGACUCCAAAGACAUCCCUGCCACCUCGAAAACCCCCGACGGUCCUCUCAGGAGAUUUCUAGGGGCCAGUGACGCUGCUGUUCCGUGUGCUAUGAUACUGGAGAUGGUCACCGCUCUGGAUAUACACCUCCGAGGGCUUAAACAACAGAUGUCCCAGGUGACCUUGCAGUUGGUGUUCUUCGAUGGCGAGGAGGCGUUUGGGGAGUGGACCCCGGCAGACUCUCUUUACGGCUCACGUUACCUCGCCGACCAAAUGUCCCGCAAUCCCCACCCAUCUGGAGAUAAAGACACCACCCUCCUUCAGGCCCUGGAUCUAUUUGUUCUGUUCAAUCUCAUUGGUGCCCCUGACCCAACAUUCAUCAGCCAUUUCGACGACACAGUCCGCUGGUUUGAUCGACUCAUAUUUAUUGAGAAGAAGCUCCACAAGCUGGGUCUGCUGGCCUCCCACCCCAGAGAGCAGAGCUACUUCAGGAAGGACAUUCAGAUGGGUCCCGUCGACGACGACCACCUGCCCUUUCUGAAAAAGGGUGUUCCCGUGCUGCAUAUGAUCGCAACGCCCUUCCCUUCCUUUCUGCACACUCUGGAGGACACAACGCAGCACAUCCAUUCUGCGACUGUGGAGAACCUCAUCAAGGUAGUGGUGGUGUUCCUGGCUGAAUAUCUGGGGCUCUGAUCCAUUAAGAAUAAUGUCCAAGGACUGUUUAGCACUGAUGUUAUAUUCAUUCCAACUGGUGUGGUAUAGAUCAGAAACAUUUUCUCAAACAAUAGCUACUGUAAUGUUAUUUAUAUGGUUAAACCCAUACCAGUAAGUAUGUGGUGGUAAAACGUGAACUGUAACAUGAUGUUGAAGACUUUGAAGAUAAUGAUGUAUGUAGUUGGUGAAAAUACUUAAAAUUAUGUAAUAUCCCUUUUCCAACUACUCAGACUUUAAAGUAGAGAACACAUUGAGUGUAACCAAAUGUAUUGAUGUCAGUGCAUUUAUUAUGCACAUAUAAAGUAAAGGUAAUGCAUUUUCUCUUAGUGCCAAUCUCUUAUGAAAGAGUCAUAGAAACUCCAAUCAACUUCAAACCUUAGCCCUUUACUUAGUAAUUAGAGUGGAUUACUGGCUAAACACAAGUUACUGCUAAUUAAGAUGCAAUUUAUAUUCUACUGUACAUCAUAGCAUCUAUUGGUGAUACAUAUGCUUUGAAAUAAUAAGGUCUGUAACACAGAUAGCCUAAGGGUCAACACUUCAUUCAGUUACUACAAAUCUAAUUCAACCCAUUGACUGACUGCUUUGCUAAUGAGUGAAAUAACCAUUUUACCAUGUGAGUCGCACGUCCAUAUAAGGUAUACUGUACUGUACCUUAAGCCUAUUGAAUUGCACUUACUAACCUGGUAUCUACUGUAAUGUUUAUAUUACUGUGCAUUGGUAUUAUGCAAAGUUAACGGUGGCUGUGCAAAAUAUAUUUUGUUAAUAAAGAUAAAGAUGACCU